AUGUCUACAGCCAAGAAGCGCAAGCUUACUGAUUCCGGGUGCUCAGAUGAUCCAGACCCGGUGAUAGGACACUCCGACUCCCCAGGAUUCGGACUAGGCCAGACUUUGUCGCGCCUCCAAAAACCGGACGACUCCGCAGAAGUGGACAGCGUUGUUGCUUCUACUGCACUGCCGAACACCGGAGACGACAAGUCACUCGUGGACCCCGAUCACGGUAUAGAUGACAAGAGGCCAGCGAAGAAGAAGCGGCUUAAUGGCGAGAAGAUCAAAUAUCCCCUCCUUACGUAUGUCGACGGCCGACUGCAGUCGUCCAUUCGCAUUGCCGAUCUUCAGAACUUGCUCCUCUACUGCUUUGCAGACGGUAUUGCGCCACAAUGGAUCUCCGUGAAGAACACGACCCGCAUUCGGAAGGCUGUGUUCUUGAUGGUCCCUGGUUUGGAGAUCGGAAUGCUUGACGGAACAGUUCCGCUAGAUGGCACUCAAACGAAAGAGGCCGCAGAGGAUAUACCAGCUGAAAGUGAGGUCGAUACAAGGGCAGCCGAUUUUGCAAGAUGGAAAGAUGGUCUCCCACCAGAGGACCGGUCACAUCGAUUCAAUCCCCGACCACUGACCCGAAACAAUAUCCCAGAACCCUUGCAGCCUCUCGCGGACAUAUUCCCCCUUGCCUGGCCAAUUCGAGCCCCCGGAGACUCAAAGUAUAAUAAAGUUCAUUCACCUUUACAAGCCGUUCUCAUGGCUCCAUUACCCAAGAACAAAGACAAAGGCGCAUCCAAAGGCCCUCGGCCGCCCCGUGUUGAUAAGAACUACACCUCCAAGAGGACGCCUAUAACAACUUUCAUUAGCCCCGUCGAAGAACUUCGAGAAAACGAGUAUCCCAUUCACCCUGCUCUACUACACUCUCGAGAUGACAAGUUAUACCUUGAGGAAAACCGCAAACCGACCGGUCAAUCUACAGGCCAUGGGUGGGUAGAUACUAAUGUCGAAAGUAUGGAAGCUGGCGAUGUUCCAGAAUCCGAAAUACAACAAGGCAGCAUGACCGCUGGACGAGACGUGCUCGCCUUGGAUUGUGAAAUGUGCAUCACCGAAGGCGGUACUUCAGAGCUCACUCGUAUCAGCUUAGUCCGCUGGGACGGCGAAGUUGUGCUUGAUGAACUAGUCAAGCCAGAACGGCCUGUCAUCGACUAUCUUACCCGGUUCUCGGGGAUCACCAAGGAAAUGCUAGAUCCCAUCACUACCACCCUCGCCGAAAUUCAGCAGAAUCUCCUUACCCUUCUGACCCCUCGCACAAUCCUCGUCGGCCACUCCCUUAACUCUGAUCUCAACGCCCUCAAACUCACUCACCCUUUCAUCGUCGACACAACAUUCCUCUACCCUCACCCUCGCGGGCCGCCACUUAAGGCAAGCCUGAAAUGGCUUACGCAGAAAUACCUCGGCAAGGAAAUCCAAAAGGGUACAACAGGUCACGACUCCAUCGAAGAUGCCCGCGCAGUCCUCGAGCUCGUGAAGCAGAAAUGCGAAAAGGGCGAACAAUGGGGCACAAGCGAAGCCUCUAACGAGAGCAUCUUCAAACGUCUUGGCCGACACAACCCACCAGGCAAAACAAACUCAUCAGGGACAGGCCGUACCGGCGCUCUAGUUGACUGGGGAAGCCCCGAGCGCGGGCUCGGUGCCCAAGCCACCGUCGCAAUUGGGUGCAGUGACGACGACGAAGUUGUAAAAGGCAUAGCAGCCGCUGUCAACGGCGACGAAAGCCACCCCUCUAUCCCCGGAGAUGGGGUAGAUUUCACUUGGGCACGAAUGCGCGAACUCGAAAUCUACCGAGGCUGGUGCAAUCGGAUCCCCGACCCCAAGAAUGCAAACGAAUCCACGACUAUCGAUGGAGCUGCGGAUUCUCAGUCAGAUGAUAAAACGCUCUCUAAACUGGUCACACAGACCAUCUUACGGAUUAAAGAUAUCUACGAUGCCCUUCCGCCUUGUACCCUUUUUGUUGUAUACUCUGGCACAGGUGAUCCCCGCGAGGUUAGCAAGCUCCAGGCUAUGCAUAAAUGUUUCCGUGACGAGUAUCAGUCGAAGAAGCCCUGGGACGAGCUGACUGUUAAAUGGACGGAUACGGAAGAACAGGCGCUAAAGAGGGCCUGUGAGCGUGCUAGAGAAGGCUGUGGGUUUAUGUGUGUCAAAUAA